AUGCGAAAUAACCUUAAAACAUCCUUGUUAGUUUAUAGUAAGAGUGAUGACUUAAAAGGAAAAGUUCUAAUAACACUAAGAGACCCCUCAAAACAAAUUCAACACCAGGGGAUUAUUAUUUCAUUAGUUGGACUAAUCAAAAUAUUACCACUUAAUAAAACUUAUCAAUUCUAUGAAGAAAACAUUGAACCAUCAAGAGGGGGAAUUAUCUUCCAAGAGAAAACAUUAAUUCCGUUUAUUUUUGAACAACCUUUUAAAAAUUAUGAAACAUUUAUUGGGGAUUCAGUUAAAUUACAAUACUUUCUUAGGAUACAAAUUAAUACUAAAUAUCCUCCACGUCCAUAUUUUGAAAAAGAAAUUUAUGUUUCUCUUCCAAUUGAAAAAAUUCCAUUGAGCCCAUCAAUAAAUUGUGAAGUUAGAGUUGAUAGAAUUAUUCAAUGUUCUCUUCAUUUAAGAAAAUCAAAUUAUAAAACUGUAGGUGAUUUAAUUUUAGGAGAUAUUAUAUUACGGAAUAUCAAAAUUAUAUUAAGUGGAAUAGAAAUUCAUCUUGUAAGAAAAGAGUGUUGGAAUGGAAACACUGAAAAAAGUAUUUCUAUUGUUAAGCGUUUUGAAGUAAUGGAUGGUAUACCAAUUAAAGGUGAAAAAAUUCCAAUUAGAAUUCCAUUACGUGGAGUUCCAUUAACACCGUCAUAUAAUAAUGUUGGAGGAUUAUUUUCUAUUGAAUAUUUCAUUAGCAUUGUAAUAAUAGAUUCUGAUAGUAGGAGGUUCUUCUCUGAAACUCCUAUUAAAUUAUAUAAAACAGAUGAUGAAACAAUUGUUAAAGCAGGAAUGCAACCACCUACUAUGAACUUUAAUUUAGAUCAUUUAACACAAACAGUUCAACCAAUAAUUCCUAAAUUUGAUGAAGUUAAUUGCAACAUAAUAUCUCAGUAA